CCUAAAAGGCUAUGGCGGCAGGAGUACUUCUUCACGGCAUUGGCGUGAAGCUCCGCGUCCAUGGCAGCCAGGGUUAGGUUCCAAUGCGCUUGGCGCCGCCGCGGGAUCUCCCCCACUUCUCUCCCUCUCCUUCUUAGGGCCGCGAUGGAUCCAGCGGCAGCAGCUCUGGAUCAUCCGCCAAUUCCUGUCUACUCCACGGCGGCGCGGCGAUCGCUCAGCCAGGCCAACGGCGGUGGCGACGAAUUGCGGCCGCAUCACAAGCCUCUCAGCCUGUGGCCGGGUAUGUACCACUCGCCAGUGACCGCCGCGCUGUGGAAUGCGCGCUCCACGCUGCUGGAGAGGGCCGUGAAUUCGUCAAACGAUGGGCCUUCGCAGGUCAAUCUUCUCACGCGGGCUCCCGGCGAGAGCCGCACUAGCGUGCUCUACAACUUCGUGUCCGACGUUGCUCUUCGGGAGCAGUAUAGGAAUCCCUGGAACAACAUCCGGAUGGGGAAGCUCAUGGAGGAUCUGGAUGCUCUGGCCGGGACGAUUGCCAUGAAGCAUUGUGCCGAUGAUGAUAGCACGACGAGGCCACUGCUUCUAGUCACAGCAUCGGUGGACAAAGUGAGCUUGAAGAAGCCUUUGCGUGUCGAUGUCGAUCUAAAGCUGGCUGGUGCGGUUGCAUGGGUCGGGAGAUCGUCCAUGAAGAUCCAAAUGCAAGUCAUCCAGCCCGCAACAGGUAUAGCUCCUUGUUUACGAUCACCUCUUCACUUCACAACUUUUUUCUCUCUCUCUUUUACAGAGAUUGUCACCGACGAGUCGCUCGCGCUCGUCGCAAACUUCACGUUCGUUGCCCGCGACUCCAAGACUCAAAAGUCGGCACCCGUGAACCAUCUCUCGCCGGAGACCGACGAAGAGAAGGCGCUGUUUGCCGCGACCGAGCAGCUCGAGCUGAAACGAAAGCAAGCCCGGUCGAAGCAGCCCGACCAAGCCGACGACCAGAGAGUGCAGCAGUUGCUGGCAGAGGCUCGGGUGUUGACCGACAUGCCGGCUCUGGCGGACAAGAACAGCAUACUCAUCCAGCACACCAAGCUGGAGAAUGCGAUCAUCUGCCAGCCCCAGCAGCGCAAUCUACACGGCCGGAUAUUUGGAGGAUUUCUCAUGCGCAGAGCGUUCGAGCUGGCGUUUUCUACGUGCUACGUAUUCGGGGGGCACAGGCCAGUGUUCCUGGAGGUGGAUCACGUCGACUUCCUUCGUCCGGUUGAUGUGGGUGAUUUCCUGCGCUUUAGAUCCUGCGUGCUGUACACCGAGGAAGAGAACUCCGCGCGGCCGAAGAUUCACGUCGAGGUGAAGGCCAUCGUAACGCAACCCGAGUCACGAUCGUCACAGGUGUCGAACACAUUCCAUUUUACUUUCACGUUAGACACGUCGAGCUCCAAAUCCGGGGACAUGGUCGUACGGAGAGUGCUACCUUCGACUGAGGAGGAGGCACGACGUUGUGUUUCGAGGUACGACGCGGAUCACUAGCCACCGUGCCGGUCUAGAGUGGAAAGUUACAACACAAUGAGCGUAGGUUCGCCAUCUUUUCUGACGUGCAUGUACAGAAAGUGUGCCAACUUUCUACUCCUUUAAUCAUCAUCUAUUUUUUCUAACC